AAUAUAGCCCGUCCUACCCGACAGCAAUGAGGAAGUAUGAUGUGUGAUAUUAUUAGUGCACUGUGUUCAGGUUUCCACCAGACGUAGGUAGGAUGCUUCAUGGAUAAGAUACAAAUUAGAAGACCAUACCAGCUGAAUCCAGAGACAUGACCAAUCCGACCAGUUUUGUCAUGGAAUCUUGGCAUGCGGGUUUCAUGAUGUAUGUUAUCGGAAUUGUCAUCACUGGUGUACAGUCCCAGUUGGCGAGUCCUGUGUUAGUGAGGGAGUCUGAGACAGCCAGCUUCAGGUGGCAGGUACCAGCUAUACCAGGGGGACUCUCUGUCCUGUAUGUCAUCAGUCCAUCUGGAGCUGCAGUACUACUGGCCAACACACUCAAUAACCACCAGGUACUGGGGAACUACACAGCUCGUGUCACCUACACCGGGAAUCUAACUGCUGACCCCAAGGUCAUGGCCCUUGACCUCCGCAGUGUUGUCAGAUCUGAUGCUGGGACCUACACCUGUAGGAGGAAUGGACCAACUGACAUUUUACCUCAGUGUGGACAGAAGCUGGUUGUUCUUGGUCAGUCCACCAAGCCAACUCGCAAUGGACCAUCAACCCCUGUGUUUGGAAGACAAGUGACCUUGACCUGCAGCUCCACCUCUACCACUGUCCCAGCUGACCAUGGUCUGACUUUGAUCUACACCUGGCAGCGUGACAACACUAACAUCACAGUUACCUCCCCUGGUUCCCCCCUACACCUUCACAGUGAGUUCCCGGGACAGCCACAGCUACAGAUGUAGAGCGAGAGAAAGUCAGGGUCCGGAGUCAGAGUGGAGCCAGGUGUACAACAUGGAGCCACAAUAUGGACCCUAUGCUGUGGUACUACAACCCUCCACUCUGUCCUACACCAGGAGGGAAGGUCAAGAGGUUGUACCAAGUAUCCAGUGUUCCCCCCACCUGUG